AUGCUACUGCUUCUUCAAUUUCUCGACGAAAUAUCUGGGAAAGCGGUUGUUUUGACCACUGGUGGUUUCAGUUGCGAUCAUUCCAAAGAAGAUUCAUUAUUGCAAGAAUUUGCUCCAGAAAAAGCUCAUUUUCCGACAACUAACGGUCCAUGGGCUACGGGACGAGGAGUUAAAAUGGCUCGUGCUAUGGGCGCAGCUUUAGUAGGCAUGCAUAAUGUCCAGAUCCAUCCUACAGCAUUUGUGGAUCCGAAAGAUCCAGCAGCAGCGACGAAAUUUCUUGCCGCGGAAGCUCUCAGAGGAAAGGGCGCCAUUUUGUUAAACGACAAAGGAGAACGGUUUGUGAAUGAACUGGGGCGUCGCGAUCACGUUACCGAUAAAAUUUUGAAGUUCUGCGCUAAAAACGAGAAGGCUGGCGCUCAUACUGCUUUCAUGGUUAUGGAUGAUCAGGCAGUUGAAGAUUUCGGCCGCGCUUCGUUUGGUUUCUAUGCUAAAAUUAAAGGUUUUUUUAAGCAAUUCGACACUUUGGAAGAAGUAGCGAAUUAUAUGGGAAUACAAUCGUCAAAACUAAAAGAAACCUUGGAUGAAUAUAACGAAUAUACUAAAUUAUCUUUGUCUAAGGAAGAUAAAUUUGGAAAGAAGGUUUUUCCGGUUGCUUUGAAACAUCCGCCGUAUUAUGUCGCCGUUAUCACUCCAGCUAUUCAUUACACAAUGGGAGGAAUAAAAAUUGAUAAAGAUGCAGCUGUAUACAAUGAAUUUUCGGGAAAACCAUUCAAAGGGUUGUUAGCUGCCGGAGAAGUUACAGGAGGUGUACAUGGACGUAAUAGAUUAGCUGGGAAUUCAUUGCUUGAAUGCGUUGUUUAUGGACGCAUAGCUGGACGCAAUGCAGCAAACAUACGUUAUUCAGCUUCUGACGCAACACUAACACGUACUGAUUUAUAA